CAUCUUUGCUGCGAAUGACUUCUUGUUUACAAGUAUAUUCAUGUUGUUGGUGAAUACUCUAUUUUUUGCCGAGAAAAAAAAACUCUAAACUAGUAGUUCGUCCUGUUUGAUCAGAAAGAAAACAACUGUGUCUAACUUCGAAAGCAAUGACCGUGACUGUUUCCCUAGUGGAGGAAAAGCCACAAUUCGGUGACACUAUUCCAACUCCGGAACCACACCCGAACCUAGUUCGUUGCAGCGGAAUAAACAAUGGUAAUCUCAAAUCGAAAUUCGUAGUACUGCAAAUUGUACAAAUUAUUCUCGGCAUCUUGACCCUGGUUCUGGUUCGUUCUCCUUUUCACGAUAACCCCUUCUUGACAUGUGGUUUCAUGUUUCUGGCAUUCAACACGUCGCUGCUAAGUGCGACCAUUCUGUGGGAUGCACUGAAUGAAGGCAAACUUCGGCAACAGUUCGAGCUGGAACCGGAAGCCUGGAACACUGGGGUACUGUACUACACUGGCAUCGUAGGACUGCUGUACUACGUCGGUUCGUACGGAAUGUGUGCUAUGUACAUCGAUAGUUACAACCCACUGGUGUAUAUGUUGUCCGGAGUGUUCGGAAUGGUGACAUGUUGCGCCUACGCCUACCACUGGUGGUUGCAGUACAAUGGACGGUUGAUGGCGGCUAGAUCGCAGGAGGCCACGAUGCACCAUCAGUCUUCGGGGGAGCAGGACCAAGCGAUUUUGGGAAUAGAUUUUGUACAAUUCUGAUGCUAGUGCCGUUUUCGUUUUCUUUUGAAUAUUGCGGCGAAAUAACAAAAGUUUUUACUAACUUUUCAGUACGGAUCAAAAAUGGCCGGUAUAAGCUGACAUAGAAUAAGUUAAGGGGCGAACGCAAAAGCGGUUAUGUUAUUAACGGAAGAGAAAGUAAACAAUAAGAAUCUCAUUAUAACUUA